CGUAACAGUCCGUUUGAGCACCCUUAAAACUCUUCCUCGUUCCGUUCCCUUCCGUUGCCCCCAGCUCAAUCUCGAAACCAUGCAGAAAGAACCGUGGGACUCGCAUGUUGCCGGGAAGCGGUACUCUGUGAGCGACGGCCCAGUCCGCAGAUUAACCGUCAAAGGCAAGAAACUUCAUAUGCUUGUCCCCGACGUAGUUCAGGAAGACGUCGUGGUUCGCAGUGCAGCCGAGAAAAUGACACACAACUCGGAGAAGGAGGAUUAUAUUCAGGAAUUGAAGACGUUGGCGACGGAAAUCGGAUUUGAGCCGGUUGUGCACCUUCUGCAGCUGGGCAACAUCGAGCGUGAAAUCGACUUGAUCGAUUUGGAGGAACUGAUCAUGAAUGUGUGUGAUGGAAGCGACAUUGAUGGGGUUCCUGGACCCAGCGUUGCUGCAUAUUUGGAAAAGAAAAACUACGCAAACGUGGUUGGCUGCGAUUCCAUCUUCAUCAAUAACACUUUGACCAAGAACGGGAUGAAAGAGCUCUUCCGCGAAAACCUCGUGUCCACACCGCCAGGGUUCGCGUUGACCAAGGAUUCUGAUCUUCCGAAACUGAUCGAUGACUGGGGAAUGGUGUACCCGUUGUUUGUCAAGGUUUCGGACAGUUAUGGAUCCGUAGGGAUCGAUGACAGUUCGGUUUGCCAUGACUUCGACCAAGUGAAAGCCAAGACGGAUGAGCUCCUGAAGGAAUUCGAAAACCUCACCAUCGAGGAGUACAUUGAUGGCCAGGAAUACUCUGUUCUGGUGUCUGGGAAUAGCCGUGAUGAAAACUCGACGGUCAUCGUAUAUCCUCCUGCUGAGCGUGCAUUCAAUAAGGACCUCCCUCGAUUCAAGCGGUUCAUAUCAUACGUGCGAAACUGGGACGAAGCCCAGUAUGCUCAUGGAUAUGAGCAUGUCACGGAUCCGAACGACCACGCUGCGUUGCAGGAUCUUUCUCGACGAGCGUAUGCCGCGGUGUCGGGGAACGCAUAUGGGCGAGUGGAUAUUCGCAAACGUGAUGUGAGCGGCAAAUUCUACGUGCUCGAAGUGAAUGCAUCCUGCGGACUGGGGAAGGGGUCAUCUUCGGAGUUCAUCUUGAAGCUGGCGGGACAAACAACACAAGACUUCUUCCAAAUCUUGCUGAGUUCAGCCUUGAAGGUGUCUCUGGAUACUUCUGUUACAACCCCUGCCGCGGAGAGUACGCGGGGAAGCUUCGCGAACAUCACAGCCGAACCGGUCGGAGCCGAUGGGGAGGGAGAAGAUACCGUUUCCCCACUGCAUUCGGUCUUGCCAGCGGAGGUCGAGCAAAAACUUGCUCAGCUCAUUCGCAACCCAAGUUUGGCCGUUGUGCCCAACCCCGUCGUACACGUGAUUUGCGCCGCGGUUCUUCAAGAUCCCGAAGCGUACAUACCGGACCCGGAAGGCAAACUGAAAGUCGGCUAUGGAAAGGAUGUCGAGUACGUGAGCGAGCUCGAGUCGAUCUUCCGAAACCUCAACUUUGACCCAAUUGUGCAUGUGUACAAUGUGGACGACGUGAAAGACAGUCUGUCGGGGUUGUCCAAAGAGGAGGAUUUGAUCUUCAACGCCUGCUUGGGGACGGAUGGGUUGGAGGUCGCUCGUCUGCUCGAGGAUAUCGGCUUCAUCCACACAAUCGGGCUCAACGCCCGCUUCUUCGUGGAGAGUCAUGACCGUCAACUCAUGCGGGAAGGGCUGAGCAAAAACAGAUUACGCGUGCCAAAAGCUGUAGUCGUGAAGCACGGCACUCCCAUCGACGAAGUAUUGUCAGCCAUGUCCGACAACCAAGUCUACCUCCCUGUCUACGUGAAGCCUGCGGUGCGGAAGCAAGUCAUCGAAAACUCUGGAAGCAAGGUCACAACGGAACUGGAGCUCAGAGACGCCAUCGCGGCCAUUCCUGCCGACCAGACAUGGGUCAUCGAAGAAUACGUACAAGGCACGCAGUACAUGGUGCUCAUCGCCGGUGAUGCAAGAGAUCCGUUCGCGGACCUCAUUUGUUUCCCACCCGUCAAGCUUAUCCCCACUGCGGGAUCAGCCGAGCACCACCACUCCCAGAGUGGAAUCUUGGGCGUGGUCCGCAAGCUAAGCAUCCUCGGCCUGGGCAACAAGCAACAUCAGAAGCGUGCGUCGUCUGAGACGCUGAACAGCACUUCUGCUUCAAACUUGGGCGGCGUCGGGACUCUUCCCACCGCGUCCAAGGCGGGCUCCACCGACCCUUUCACGUAUGUCGCCAUGAAACACCCUGACGAUCUUAUGCUCCAGAUGGACCUGCAAGAUCUCGCCCGCCGUGCAUUCGUGGCGGUCCAUGGUAGUUGCUACGGGCUUGUUACGAUCAUUGAUCGCGAGGACGGGACAGGUCUGACUGUGGUGGGCGUGAGUGGAGACGUACGGUUUGGGGAGGAGAAGUCCGGAAAGAUUGUGAAGCUGGCUGGGCAGAACACUGAGGCGCUGUUUAGCUGGUUGUUGAAGCGACCUGUGAGAGCUUAGUGGUGGGAUGGGCCCUAUGUACUGUGUAGCGAGGGGACUUGGGCACUGCAUAGUGGGUAACCCGCAUUAGCUGCGAGAUUGUACACUGUAGAUGUUACUCGAAGACAUGAGUUCGAAAUAAAACCAGGAACGAAUCUAGGUCUUCC